AUGCAAGCACGAGAAGAUCCAGAAUUUUCUAGGUUUUUGCUGGCCUUGGGCAACGGUGAACUUCAAAUGCAAGAAACUGAGUUAGUUAGUAUUCUAAAGAGCUUGGAUUUGAGUUGUAGAGAAUAUCCUGCAACCCUUGAGGAUCUAUUGCAGGCAGUAUAUCCUAAUAUUUCAACUCAUUCAAAGCUAAUUGAUAAGUUCUUUGGAGAUGUCUGUAUUUAUAAAAGCUUUGAUUUAGUUAUUGAUGAUCAUUGUAACAUUUAUCCAACUGAGUUUUUGAAUACACUUUGUCCCGGAGGCAUGAGUCCACAUGAAUUGAUUUUGAAGUUGAAUUGCCCAAUUUCUACAGGUUUUUCAAAGGGUGAAUGUGUGAUGUUGCCGCGCAUUAAUCUCAGGCCCUCAGAAUCAUCUGGUUAUCCAUUCCAAUUUCAGAGAUUGCAAUUUCCGAUCAAGUUGUGCUUUGCAAUGACUAUUAAUAAAUCACAAGGUCAAACUCUACUUGAAGUUGGAGUGUACAUUCGACAUGUUUUUCUCAUGGGCAACUUUUUAGAUGAGGUUUUAGGGUUUGCUUUCCAUUUUGUUUGUUGGGUUUGUGAUCUGAAUUUGGGUGUUAUGUUGGAUUUUGCGUUCUGUUGUGUAAUCUGGGAGCUUCUGUUGAUACUGGGCUUUACAACGUUUCGUGAAAAACAAGGAGUUUGA